UUCCUCGAUCAUCUAGAGAGAGAGAAAAUAGCGAAACCAGAGAGAAGACGAGAGGUUGUGUUGCGAUUAACGACGACGAAGAAGACGACCAAUGAUGUCUUCCGGCGGGGACAGUGGGAAGCCAUUUUUCUGUCACGUGUGCACUCAGAGGAUCACGUGCACCGAUGAGUCGGAACCGUUCUGCCCGAUCUGUCUGGAAGGUUUCGUGGAGGAAUGGAACCCUAAUAACCAUAGUCAUAACCCUAACCCUAAUUUCACCCAUGAGAGUGGGGGGGAAUCUAUGGAUCCCGAAUUCCCGUUCGAUUUAAUCGAUACCAUGCUCCCUCUCUUGCUCAACGCGGGUUCCAGGACCCGGCGCGAAGCCGCCGACAUGUUCGACCCAAGGACCUACCUCCAGAACUACCUGCAGAACCUUCGCGCCGAUGGCGCUAACAUUCAAUUCUCCUUCGGCCAGAAUUCCGACACGGGGUUCCGCCCCAACCCCCCGCCGAACCUAGGCGACUACUAUCUCGGCCCCGGCUUCGAGCAGUUGAUUCAGCUGCUUGCCGACAACGACCCUAACCGUUAUGGCACGCCACCGGCCGCAAAGGACGCCGUCGAGAAUCUCCCCACUAUCACCGUCGACGACGAGUUGCUGAACUCGGAAAUGAACCAAUGCGCGGUCUGCCAGGACGAGUUCGAGAAGGGCACGCAGGUGACGCAGAUGCCGUGCAAGCACGCGUAUCAUGCUGACUGCCUCAUUCCUUGGCUUAAGCUGCAUAACUCUUGCCCCGUUUGUCGGUAUGAAUUGCCCACCGAUGACGCGGAUUAUGAGAAUCGGACGCGGACCAGUGGCGACGAUGGUGGGUCGAGGUCUGAUGUGAGCGAUAGUGGCAGUGGCGCGAGUGGGGGGAAUGGGAGACCUGUUCACCGGACUGUUAGAAUAUAUUUGCGGCAUCCUUUUGAUGGAGGUGACUCUGCGCAGGACAGUCCCGAAAGGGGAUGGGAAGGUUGGGAUUGAAAUUUGUGCAGGUAUUGUUCGUGCUUAAAAAUCUGGAAACUAUUUUGUGCAGCUAAGGGCUCCGUGAAUAGAUUACUAUCGUUGCCAUGUUUGCAGAAGUCCUUGUGAGGAUUGUAAGAGAUGUUAUUUUGCGUGGCCAUGAACAUGAACUUUGUUCGAUCCAAGCGAAUUUCAUGAAAGCUCACAAUUAUUGAGACUUUAGGUACUGCGUUAUUUUGUACAGAUCAUCUACCUUUAUGCCAUAUUUAGUCAUGGUCUAUAUUUCUCCUAUGUGUGUAUAAAACGUUUUAAUUUCGAAAUUUACCAUUUUAGAAGUCUUUGCCUGUU